AUGUCUACCACCGUGAAAACCGCCAACUGGAGAUACGUCGAGUCCGGCCGUAUUGUGUUGAUUGACAACUCCAAAUUGGCCACCAUCGUUGAGAUCAUCGACCAGAAGAGAGUCUUGAUUGACGGUCCCGCCAUCGAGAGACAGGCCAUCCCUUUGAACAAGGUUGUGUUGACCCCCCUUGUGUUGGAGAGAUUGCCAAGAGGUUCCAGAACCGCCACCGUUAACAAGAAGUGGGCUGCUGCCGACAUUGACGGCAAGUGGGCUGCCACCUCUUGGGCCAAGAAGUUGGCCGUCAGACAGAGAAGAGCCAACCUUUCUGACUUUGAGAGAUUCCAGGUUAUGGUGUUGAGAAAGCAGAAGAGAUUGGCCGUCUCUAAGAUCGCUGCCAAGGCUUAA